GAAAUGGGGUGUCCACAUAAUCGAUAAUCGAUAUCUCCCGUCGUUGUGGUGGUUACAAGAGUAAGACGACUGACCAUUUCCGUACCUUCUCCCCACCCAACUCAAUUGUCAUGCUGUCUGCCUCACUGCUUCAACCUGGUUUUUCAAUUACAAAUAGACUUAACAAUCAAGAAAGUAUGGAGGCAGCAGAAGUGGCAGCAGAAGCGGCACCAGUUCCCUCGGAGUCAUUCAAGGACCAGAUUUCCAAAUACAAAACCAUGAUGACUGCAGCAUACAAAAGCAAACCAAUUCCUUAUUGGAUACUUCUUAUUCUUGGAAUCAUUGCAAUGGUAGUGGCAUUUCCUGCUUCCAGCAUUCUAUCUCGUGUUUAUUACGAAAACGGCGGACAGAGCAAGUGGAUCAUAUCUUGGGUAGCUGUUGCCGGAUGGCCUUUAAUUGCCGUAAUACUGUUUCCUACAUACUUCAUUACUAAAACCUUUCCUACUCCUCUCAACUUAAAACUGUUUCUGUCUUACAUUAUUUUGGGUUUUCUAAGUGCUGCUGAUAACCUAAUGUAUGCUUAUGCCUAUGCUUACCUACCUGCGUCGACUGCUGCUCUUGUCGCAUCAUCAUCCCUUGUGUUUUCAGCACUUUUUGGAUACAUUCUCGUAAAAAACCGAAUGAAUGCUUCUAUAAUAAAUGCCCUUUUUGUCAUAACUGCUGGAUUGACCAUCAUUGCUUUGGAUUCAAGUUCAGACAGAUAUGAUAAUAUUACCGACAAACAAUACAUCAUGGGAUUAGUAUGGGAUGUUUUAGCUUCUGCUCUUCACGGCCUUAUUUUCGCCCUCUCCGAGCUGAUUUUCGUCAAGUUACUCGGAAGACGAUCGUUCAUCGUUGUUUUAGAGCAGCAAAUCAUGGUUUCAUUAUUUGCAUUUCUGUUUACCAGUUUAGGGACAUUUGUAAGUGGUGAUUUUCAAGCAAUGACAUCCGAGGCUACUAGUUUCAAAGGCGGUAAAAGUGCUUAUUAUCAAGUUCUAGUUUGGAGUGCAGUAACAUUUCAGUUGGGGGUUUUAGGAGCAACUGCUGUAAUUUUCUUGGCUUCAACUGUUCUAGCUGGUGUACUCAAUGCAAUUAGAACACCAAUAACAAGCAUUGCAGCUGUUAUACUGUUGCAUGAUCCAAUGAGUGGCUUCAAGAUCCUCUCUCUGGUGAUUACCUUUUGGGGGUUUGGCUCAUAUAUUUAUGGAAGUUCAAUGGACGAUAAUCAAUCAUAAGAAUUAGUCUCUACAUUGGUUUGCCUCCAUUCAUAUUCGCUUCUAAAGUUCUAAGGUAAUACUAUGAGACAACAUUUGAGUUGUUUGUAUAUUAAAUGUGUAUAUUAAUUUUAAUUCUCUUUCUCAAAAUUGAGAAUGUAUCUUAGGCUAUGUUUGGAUUGAUAGAAUAUGAUGAAGUGAAAUAGAACGGAACGGCAUAAAAUUAGAUGCCAUUGUUUAGAAUUUUUAAAACUGGACUGAGUGGUAUGGAAUAAGAUGGAAUCCAUCCCACACCAUUCUUUCCUCUUAUUUUUCAUUCCAUCCAAUUUGGAGGCUAAUCAAUGAAAUGAAACAUAUAAAUUAAAUAGUUACUAUUUUGCGUUUUA